AAAGUAAAAUGUCUAUAAAGCAAUUACACUUAGACAUACAGUACAUCACAAUAGGGAAGGAGAUAAUAUUGCAACUUCCAUUUCAUGUUGACAUCAUUUAGUUUUCAUGCAUUGACCACAAGUUUGGUUCUCACUAGCUUUAAAAAGAAGCAGGUGCUGGUUGCUUAAACACAUUUACACAGGAACAAGGCACUAACAUCAAAAACAUCAAAGCAGGAAUGUCUGAUGAUAUUUAUUACAAUGUGAUCGGAGCUGAGUCUGAGAGAAUGAAGACAAACAGAACGGAGAUGACGGUGGUUAUCUAUGAGAAUACAGACUGUGUGAAAGUUUAUGACUUCAGGACAGAGACAAACACACAGCAACCACAUCAGCGUACAGGAAGUGAUUCAGUGAAGAGCAGAAGCUCCAGAGCAGCUGUAGUGUGUUUGGUUCUGCUGUGUGUUCUUCUGCUGACUGCAGUCAUAGUGCUGUGUGUCCACGUCUAUACAAACAACACAAACUACACACAAGAGGGAGAUGAGCUACUAACCAAGAUCAACAACCUCACAGAAGAAGGAGACCAGCUACUAACCAAGAUCACCAACCUCACAGAAGAAAGAGACCAGCUCCUAACCAUGAUUACUAACCUCACAGAAGAAAGAGAUCAGCUACUAACCAAGAUCACAAACCUCACAGAAGAAAGAGAUAAGCUAAUAAUAAAGAAUAAAAAUCUGUUGAACAAGACCGACCAGCUAAUAAAUCAGCUUUCAAUUCUUGGUAAAGAUGAUAAAUGGUUUUACUAUCAAUCCAGUUUUUACUAUAUGUCCAAUGAGACAAAGAGCUGGACUGAGAGCAGACAAGACUGUUUGAAGAAAGGAGCAGAUCUGAUCAUCAUAAACAGCAGUGAGGAACAAGAUUUUGUUAAGAACAAUACUGUUAAUAGAGAAUUCUGGAUUGGUGUGACUGAUAGUGAUGUGGAGGACAGAUGGAAAUGGGUUGAUGGCAGCACACUGACCUCUGGGUUCUGGGUAUCCAGUGGAGGAAUAAAAGAGCCAGGAGGAGGAACAAAAGAGAACUGUGCUGUGACUUAUUUAAAAGCUCACCCUAAUUUAUUAGGAUGGCAUGAUGUUAAAUGUAAUGAUGCUUAUCAAUGGAUCUGUGAGAAGAGUAUUUUACCUCUCCUACAGUACUAGGAUUUUUGUAUUUUUUUUUUUA